AUGGCAGACGAAAAUGAAGACUAUUUCCUGCCCGUAGAAGAUCAGCGCGUGUUCGGCGCCGGCAUCCGACGCAAAAAGAUCACCUUUGUCCCGGCGUCUUCCUCCGACUCUAUUAUUCAAGAGGGAACCGUGCCGAAACCAAAAUCGACAUCCAGCUCCGCAGAGCGGUACUUGUCCAUCGUCCUUCCGAAGAGCGUCAACGAGAAAGAUAAUACUGAGGAGCAGGAUACACCAGAGUCGGGGGCAUAUGCGGGAGGGCGGACUGAAGCCGGAGAACAAGGGCACGGCGGACCAGGUUCGUCCGAGGAUGUGGCAUCAAUAUGUCCGGUCUGCAAGCUACCUCUGCCAUCUCCGAACGACCAGGAAGCGAUAGAAGCCCACGAGUCCUCGAUAGCACAUCAGCUUAGUCUAGAGCACUCCCACCCCCCGUCUCAUCUCGACCGGGAACAUGUCGGUCUUCGUUAUCUGACAACGUAUGGAUGGGACCCAGACAGCCGGAAAGGACUGGGUGCUAGACAGGAAGGAAUAACAAUACCGAUCAAACCCAAAGAGAAGAAGAAUACUGCUGGACUGCGAGAGACCGCCGGAGAAGACGGCGGCAGAAUCACGAAGCGCAAAGCCGCAACGAAGAAAGAGGAGAAGGUGGUGCGCCUCAAUGCCAAACAAGUUAGGCUGAAGGAAAUGGAAAUGAAGAAGAAAGCCGAGAGACUACGCAGAACAUUCUACGGCCCGAGUCUGGAGCAAUACCUGGGACUAAACAGUUGA